CUCUACAGAUUUCGGGCGUCUCCUCACCGCAUUUUCAGACUGAACAACAUCGCCAAGGCCCUGGCUUUCCUGGAUGACAGACAUGUGAAACUGCUCGGCAUCGACGCCUCUGGGAUCGCUGACGGGAUCCCCUCUGUUGUUCUCAGCCUCAUCUGGAGCGUGAUCCUGUUUUUCCAGGUAAAGGAGGCGAGCAGAGGCCUCCACAGGCAUUCGUCUUCCAGCCUCUCCUCCUUAUCAUCGAGCAGUUGCCCCUCCUCCGGCGACCUCUCACCCCCGCACGAGGACAUUGGCAGCUUCUCCUGCAGCACUCUGCCAAGCAAAAGCAGACAGGCUGCCAGAAAACCGAAGUACCACGGGAAGGCGAUCAAGACUCUGCUGCAGUGGGUCCAGAGAUGCACCUCAAAGUGAGUCUGAGAAACAUCUGACGGAG